AUGUAUUGUUAUCUCGAAGAACUUUAUAAAAAGAAACAGUCUGAUGUUCUUCGCUUCUUACUACGUGUAAGAUGUUGGGAAUACAGACAAUUAAAUGUUGUGCACCGAGCUUCUCGUCCGUCUAGACCUGAUAAAGCUCGUAGAUUAGGUUAUAAGGCAAAGCAAGGAUACGUUAUUUAUCGCAUUCGUGUUAGACGUGGUGGUCGUAAAAGACCCGUACCAAAAGGUGCUACAUUUGGUAAACCAGUAAAUCAAGGUAUAAAUCAACUCAAGUAUCAACGUUCUCUUAAAGCAACUGCCGAAGAACGUGUUGGUCGUAGAUGUAUGAUUCUCGUUGAUCCUAAUCAUAAAGUGAUUCGUCGUGACCCAAGAAUCAAUUGGAUUGCGUCUGCUAAACAUAAACAUCGUGAAUCCAGAGGUCUUACUAGUAUUGGUAAGAAAAAUCGUGGAAUUGGUAAAGGUCAUAGAUUUAAUAAGACAACAGGUGGUGGCCGUCACUCAAGUUGGUUACGUCGUAAUACAUUAUCAUUACGUCGUUAUCGUUAA